AUGAACGUGAAUGUGGCCGCCGAUUCCUUGAACUUUGAGACCUCUGCCCUAGACCCUGCCUCCUGGUCAAGACUCAGGCGCUCCUGCGAUGCUUGCCUGACCUCCAAGGUGAAAUGCAGCCAGGACAUCCCUUCCUGCGGUCGCUGCAGACGCCUAUCAGCUCCUUGUCGAUACAGCCCCUUGCGGGCUGUAGGACGCCCUCGUAAGCGGCCAUGCACGACUAGCACAAAUGAGUCUUCCAGGGCCUACGAGGAACGAUCCGCGAGAUCCCGCGGAGCGCCAAACGGAGAGGGCCAGCGAACACUGAUUAGUCUGGACCAAGGUCAUCAGAUUCUCCCCAGCGACGGUUCAUUCGGUGACUCGGGUAGCGUGAAUACCAAUACAGCUGGACAGGUCGAGUUUACAAUGCCUGGUCUGUGGAACCCCGCGGACGAGCUUCCUAGCUUUAUAGGCGGAUUCUCCCCUGUUAUGCAAGCACACGAUCUUUCUUACUUCCUUGACCAAGAUGUCGAUCUCUCAUCGUCUCUUGCUGCGCCUGUGCAACCGAUUCAAUUCCAACCUGAUAUCAUCUCGACCUUGGAGACGACAUCGACUACUCAACCUCAACCCCAGACCAGACCCAAGACCGACUGCCGCUCGAAAUGCUUCGCAGCCCUCCUCCAGCAGAUGCUUUCGCUUCGAGAGUCUCUCCCCGAGACCAGCCAGCAAUACGUCGACGAGGUUCUACACAUGAUGCGGGAGAUGAGUAUGCACCAGAGCCAGAUACGGAACUGUGCCAAAUGUUCGGGCAACCGGUCGAGCCUUCUCCUUCUCGCCGCUGUGACUGAACGCAUUGUGCAGAUGCUAGACCACAUAUUCGAUAGAAAAGCUCAAGAAGAUGCACAAACCAGCCCCCGGCCGAGCCACAUCACCCUUCAUGUGGGCUGCGUCAAGCUGGAUGACGAAACAAGAGACCCCUUUCUUAAGACUCUUCUCGCGCUGCGUCUCAAGAAGCUCGCGGCCGCAAUGGAAGAACUGCAACGGUCAAUUGUGAGCCGACCAACUGAUCCUAUCUAUCUUGCUAGCCAGCUUGUGCUUGAUCACUCCGUCCAGCGAGUUGGUUAUUUGCGAGGACAGAUACAGCUUUGGAGAGGUUGA